UUGUCAUUUCUAACCGUAUUACCUUCCCAACUUUAAUGUCCAAAAACUCUCAAAGAGAAGCCUAUUUAUAAGUGAUAGGUGGGAGGAUACACACACACACAUAUAGAUAGAUAGGACACACAUAGUAGAGAGUGGAUGUGAUUUUCAGCAAAUGAGGGGUCAAGAGUCUCGAUCAAGCUCUUCUUGUGCAGCCUGCAAGUUACUUAAGAGAAGGUGUAGUCCAGACUGCAUAUUUGCACCACAUUUCCCCUCCAACGACCCUUUAAAGUUUGCCAUCGUUCACAAGGUGUUUGGUGCUAGUAAUGUCAGCAAGAUCCUGAUCGAGGUCCCAAUCGAAUUGCGCGAAGAUGCAGUGAAUACACUUGCUUUCGAGGCUGAUGCAAGGCUCAAAGACCCUGUUUAUGGUUGCUUUGGUGCCGUAGUCUUGUUGCAGAGAAAGAUGACUGAGCUACAACAUGAUCUCGCCAUCGUUAGAUCUCGCAUAGCACAAUUUGCUGCUGCCAGUUCUUCUGCUGCUGCUGCUGCUCAGAGCUUCACGGAUUUUGGUCACAGUUCUCAGAGUUAUUGUCAGGGGCCACUAGAUCAUGAACCCAUCGGUGAAUUCAGUCAAUACCUGUAGAGAUCUGGUCUUCAAUUUCAGAGAUUGAUGCAUAUGAUACUAUCUGGGUUUUUUAUGAAUAGAAUCAAAUGCAGCUUUUACAGGAGUUGGCCAUGUUUCUGUUCUUUAACACCAAACAUGAGUUGUGAUGUUUGUUUGACUUCUGUUCCCCACACUGGCUAUCACAUCUUCUUUGC